CCACUACUCAAGCGACUUGGGGAUGAAGCCUUGAAUUCGUUUCCUUACCAAUUGACAAUUGAAAUGGGUUGUCUUUCCCUUAUCCCUUCCCUUUCUUUUACAAGGAAAGCCAUCCAAGAUACGCAGAGCACAACUCAUAGCUAGGUUUAUAAAGAAUGACACAUCCUCGUACACGUGUCUCCUUUUAUGCUUUCUGUCUAUCCGUCUCUUUAAAUUGAGAGAUAUGGAAAAUCAAGAAAACAACAAAAUCCCAUCAACAGAAGAAUAAAAAAUGCAAUGCCAAAACGAUAAUAACUAUGAAAUUCCAUCUCCAAAACAUCAUCACCAAAGGGAAGAAGGUAAUGACCAUGAAGAAGAAGAGGAUUUCCCUGGUCAGUUUCAGUGCCCUGUUUGCCUGGACCUACUUUACAAGCCAGUUGUUUUAGCAUGUGGCCACAUUUCAUGCUUCUGGUGUGUAUUUCGUUGCAUGAAUGGCUUUCGCAAGUCACACUGUCCAAUUUGUCGGCACCCAUUUAAUCACUUCCCACGUGUGUGUCAAUUGCUGGAUUUCUUACUUAUGAAGAUUUGCCCUAUAGCCUAUAAGACAAGGGAAGGAGAAGUGGAAGAAGAAGAAAAGAAAUUUGGCCUUUUCUCACCACAGUUUGGUCAUCAUUCAUCUGGAUCACUUCCUGGUGAAGAGCUAGAUGUCCCAAGCAAUUCUCUACGUCUACCCACCCAUCCAAAAACCAAAUUGGGUUAUGAUAGUUGUUUCUCUUUAGGUAAUUUUCCAGAGGCAAUUGCACAUAGUGAGGAUAAUGUGAAAAUUGUGCCUUCAUCACCAUUAAGUAGAUCUGACGGAACUACAAAUGCAGCCAUUGAAAAUUGCAACUUGAUUGGGACAGAGUUUGGACGUGGAAUUAAGAUUCAGGCCUCUGUUGCUGACUUGCUGUGUGCUGAAUGCAAGAAACUACUGUUUCGACCAGUGGUUCUUAAUUGUGGCCAUGUGUAUUGUGAAUCUUGUAUCACCAACCCCAUGCAAGGAAUUCCUAGGUGUCAGUUUUGUCAAAGUUCGCAUCCAAAUGGGUUCCCGGGUGUUUGUUUCGUUCUAGAGAAUUUUUUGGAGGAGCACUUUUCUGAAAUUUAUGCAGGGAGACGAGAAGGUUCAACACAAGCUCAACAACUAGCUCCACGGUCAUCACCAGUACCUUCUAAGGUUUAUUCACCAUGGAUAUUUGGCAAUGGACCAAAGGUUCACAUUGGAGUUGGGUGUGAUUCUUGUGGGAUGUUGCAGAUAAUUGGGGAAAGGUACAAAUGCAAAGACUGUUGGGAGGAAAUAGGGUUUGAUGUGUGUGAAGCAUGCCACAACAAUCCCUCCUACAUCCCAGGCCGAUUUAAUCAGCAGCAUGAACCAGAGCACCAUUUUGAGAUUGUGCAGCCACAGGGCAAUGUUGAACAUGUACACAUGCAGGAUCUUGAUCAGUCUGAUUUUCCAGAAGAUGAAGAUGAUGAUGAACAUGAUUUUCUUGCUCCAGUCCUGUUAGAUGAUGUUUUACCGGAUGUAGAAGAUGGCUCUAAUGGUAUGGUAGAUGUUUCUGCUUUGGUUUUGUCAAAUGAUGCUGCACCAGAUCAAGAAGAUGGUCCUGAUGUCUCCUAGGUCAGCUUUGACUGGAGAAAAAUCGACAAGGUACUACCGCCAACGCUAGUUUGCUAGGUGAGAAGGUGCAAUGAUAGAAGAAGCGUGAUAAAGGAAAACGAUAGUUAAAAGAGAUAUGAUUAAUUAUGUGAUAAAACAAGUUGAUUAAUUUCUGUACAUAUCUCAUAAAUAAAUGAAUCCAUGCAAAGGCAAUUAUCUGAUCACAAUCUGUAAACCCCAGAUCAUAUUUAUUGGAUUUUUAUUUUUAUUUUUUAUGUAGUGAAUGGAUUAGCUCCG